GGCAGCCCCGAGCGGGAGGCGAGGGAGGCGGCGCGCCGGGAGCCAUGCGGGAGUACAAGGUGGUGGUGCUGGGCUCGGGCGGCGUGGGCAAGUCCGCCCUCACCGUCCAGUUCGUGACGGGCUCGUUCAUCGAGAAGUAUGACCCCACCAUCGAGGACUUCUACCGCAAGGAGAUCGAGGUGGACUCCUCGCCGUCGGUGCUGGAGAUCCUGGACACGGCGGGCACCGAGCAGUUCGCCUCCAUGCGGGACCUCUACAUCAAGAACGGGCAGGGCUUCAUCCUGGUCUACAGCCUGGUGAACCAGCAGAGCUUCCAGGACAUCAAGCCUAUGCGGGACCAGAUCAUCCGGGUGAAGAGGUACGAGAGGGUGCCCAUGAUCCUGGUGGGCAACAAGGUGGACCUGGAGGGCGAGCGGGAGGUCUCCUUCGGGGAGGGCAAAGCCCUGGCCGAGGAGUGGAGCUGCCCCUUCAUGGAGACCUCGGCCAAAAACAAAGCCUCGGUGGACGAGCUCUUCGCGGAGAUCGUCAGGCAGAUGAACUACGCCUCGCAGCCCAACGGGGACGAGCAGUGCUGCUCCUCCUGCGCCAUCCUCUGAGGGCGGCGGCGGGGCCGGGGCCGGGGAUGGCUGAGGGGCACGGCGGGAGCGGCGGGAGCCGCCGGAAACGAGACACUCGUACAGCAACACACACAGAGACAGACAGACAGAUCGGGG